AUGGAGCGCGCCCUGAGGAACUUCAUUAUCAUCAUAUCCAUAGAUAUCACCGUGUUCGUGGCCAGCGUGGUGCUGUGGUGUAGCAAAAGGACCAAAAUCAUCCUGCUGAUCCAGAACAGCCUGCAAGGGCUGCACUUCCUGAACCGGAGGAAGCAGCAGGAACAGACCCAGGCUGACAACAGGCGCGUCACGAUUGACGAUGUGAAGUACAGAGUCACCUACCAAAGCAGUUACGACAGCAGCAGUAGCGGCACAGACGCGGAAAAUGACGACAGCAAUUCGGCCAACAAUGAGGGGGAAAGUUCGAGUUACGGCAAGUCGGCAGCGGCGUCGAUGUACAUCGAACGGAAGAAACGGAAGACCUCGACGGAAGGAGAGAAGACCACGACCAGACAGAAGCGCAAGGACACCUGGUGGUACUACCUCUAUCACGGGAAGCACAACAAGAUCCGGAACAAUGAGGCGGUGCUGUACCUCGGCUUCAUGCGAAGCACGUGCAUCAUGCUGCUCAUCUGCUCCGUGGUGGCCAUUGUGUCCAACAUCGUCAUCUUCACCCAUCUUACCGUGAACAACAAACCUCACUUUCUGCUCACCUACUCCAUAGAAGAUCUGCGUACGUGCAAAGUCACGGUCUGGACGCUCUAUGCCACGACGUGGAUAUACUCGAUCAUCGUGUACGUGCACAUCCUCAAGUUCAAGCAGAAGGUCAACAAGGGCAAGCAGAUCACCGUCAUGCUGCGGCCGCAGCUGCACACCAUCAUGAUAUUCGGCUUCGACAAGAACAUCACCGAUCCGACGCGGUUCUAUCGCUAUUUCGAGAAGUACUUCCCGGAGCAUGUGCUAUCGGUACACUUGGUCUUCAACCACAGCAAGCGCAUGGCGCUCGAGGAGGAGCUGAAGGCCACCAAGGCGCAGCUCUGCCUGUGCAGAGACAUGUCGCUGCUGGUCGAUAAGUCGCGGCAGACAGACAAGCGUUCGGCGGUGACCAGUAGCAGUGGAAAGGAGGCGGUUGCCAGGCGCGGUGACGCCGACGCGGCCCCCAGGAAACCUCGGAGGUCGAGGUCGUGUGGGAUGCUCCCAGAAGCGGACAUGAAGGGUGCUGCCAGCCAGUACGGACCGCUUAGGAACUGUGCAUCGUCAACCACUCAGGGAGGUACGCCUAGGAAUUGCGCGUCCUCAACCAACCUGCUGUCGCUCCCUAAACCUGCGAAGCCGGAGCCGAAAAAACCCUCGCUGGCGAUACCGAAGGGGAUCACGCGCUACGUCACUCGAAUGCUGGGCAAAAAUGACACUGAGCUGCAGGACGCGAGCGACUCGGAAGAUUUCGAGGAUUUGGGAGAGAGGUUCGCGGGCCUCCUGAAGAAAGUGAGGGAACUGAAGGCGCGCAUCGAGGAAGAGUUCAACCGGGAGCACACCACCUCCGCCAGAAUCUGCUUCGUGUCGUUCGCUGAUUCGAACGUCGUGCUGCAUAUUCUCAAGGACAGGAACCUGCUCGAGGGGAUGCCCACGUGGCGAAUCGUACCAGCACCGCACCCGAGGGAUAUCAUCUGGCAGAAUUUACACCUGCCCAGAUGGAAAUCCGGAGAGAUCAUUCAGCAUCAACGAUCUAACCGAGCGCUCGUUCUGGAGUUCUAUCAUGCCACCCAUUAUUAUGGCCGGGCUCAACUCGUUCGUGCACCCUACCAUGAUAAACCUCAUGUCGAGGCAAGUAGGAUUCUGGACACAAACUGCGCACCAGAAGUACCUACUGUUUGGACACGUGUUCUAUCUGGUGAUCGGUACCAUACUGAUACCGCUGGUGGCGUCGAUGAUCGCCUUUUGGGUAAGCUACGAAACGCAACAAUGGACAUUGUGCAGAAAAUUUUCGACGGGGCCUUCGACUCGCUGUCGUUGGAGCUGGGAACCGUCCUCGUCAACACCACGUGGCGGUUCUCCACCAUCUACGUCAUCAACGCCACGCUCCUCGGAUCCAGUAACCAGCUACUCCAACUGUCGCAGCUGAGCAGUAAGCCAAAAAAUGCUGCAUUAUGA